AUGGACCCAGAAUACAAGGCCCUGACCUCUGUUUUCUCGGCGCACAAAGGCUACAAAUCAUGGGCCGUGAAGCAGGUGGUAGCCCCGAAGAAGCUGAAAUACAAGAGCUUGACCAGAGACGAACAGGCGCUCUUCCCAUGGAUGGAUCAGCACAUCGACUAUUUGGAGCACUCUGUUGAUUUGAAUGCGCAGAUUCUGGAGCAGAUUGCCAUGACUGUGGCUCCAAUGUGGGGCGCAGAGCCAGACCCAGGCGUGUGGGCAGAGUGCUCAUCCCAGGACUUGGACAAAGUGCGCAGCAUACUAGUCCAGUUCGCGCGAGAGUGGUCUGCAGAUUGCGCUGAGGAGCGAGCUACAUCUUUUGGACGCAUUUUGCAGGAGUGCGAGAACUUGUUUCCAGAUGUCAUCAACAGACAGAACGUCGAGGUUCUUGUGCCAGGCUCAGGAUUGGGCAGACUGGUUGUGGAAUUUGUGCGAAGAGGAUUCCGCACCCAGGGAAACGAGUUUUCGUACCACAUGCUCACCAAUUCCAGUUUCAUAGUCAACCACUCGUUUUGCGAAAACAACUACGUCAUCUGUCCCUACCUGCAUAAAAGCUCCAACGUCAGUAAACGAACAGACCAGAUCCGCCAAGUAUACAUUCCUGAUUUUAAUCCGGGGGACAUUUCCUUUAUCAAUAAAGAAUAUCCUGAAAUACCGGUUGCCGACUUGAUGUCGAUGGUUGCAGGCUCAUUUGUAGACCUUUAUGGCCCGCCUGACAUGCCGCGGAUCAGCGACGUGUACACGAACGAUCCUCAGGCUGCUGAGUUUCGCCAGCAGAAUGCCAAGAAGUUCCAAGUGGUUGCAACAUGUUUUUUCCUCGACACUGCAUCGAACAUUGUCGAAUACUUGCGGACGAUGAGACCGUCACCAUGA